AUGGCCCAUCAGAAUCUCACAUGUGUGCUGUUUGGAAACGCCUCUGCAGUCCAGUUUGGACCUGAAAAUAUUCUUCUUGGACAAGAUGAACCAGUUUCAGGAAGUGUUGAUAUCUCUCAAAUCGUUCCUGUAUCGAGGAUUGUAGCAGGACGCAGCGUCUCUGUGAUCAACCUGCUCAGCCUGCGAGAGUCCGACCUCCCCCAACACACUGUGGACCGGUUCAUCAGUGAACUCGUCAAUAAAAAUGAAAUCCAGGCAUUUAUCUUCGUACUGUGUCAGUUAACAGAUGAUGAUAAAGUGGGGUUGGAGUGGCUGGAGAGAACGUUUGGAGAAGAUGCUCUCUCUCGUGCUAUGAUGCUCUUCACCUAUAAGAGCCAGGAGAAGUGUGACACCAUCGUAGACGACCUGAAGAAAAACCCGGUUCUAGACCAGCUGAUGAAGAAAUGUGGAGGCAGGUACCACACAUGCAGCAAGAGCAUGAACAACCAAUCAGAGAUGAAAACACUGAUGGAGAAGAUUAAUAAAAUGGUCCUGGAGAACACCAAGCCCUGCUACACUGCUUAUCAAUCUUUGCAAGAAGAUGUAAAAUCUCCCAAAGAAGAUGACGAGAGAAAGGUACGGGAUCCAGAAACUGGAGUAGCAGGAGGUGGACAAUCAGGAAGACAAAGGAAUAUUAAAAAACUGUUCAGCAGACUCAAUCUUGGUGCCCAACACACACUGAAAAUGACAGAUGUUCUUACAAUUACAGCAGCAUCAUUAAAAUGCCAUGAACCCUGCGCCGAAAAAGAUUUGGUUCAUACUUUUCUACAAAGGCUUCUCAUAAUGGAUUACAAAGCACGUGAACAGAAUGUCAUUGAAACCAAAAAUGAACACAAACUCACACAACCCAAGGAUUUGCUUGACCUUAUCCACAAAAGAAAGGACAUGUUGAAAAGUAGGGCAUCAGAGGAAUCUAAGAUUCAUCCCAUGGACAUUCAGAUGGCCGCUUUUCAUAGUUCAGACAACUUUCUCCGACAGUUAAUGAUAACCAAGCUUUCACAAUGCCAGUACGCUGUUCCUCUAAUCAUACCAAACCCUUUCACUGGGGAAAUUGAACUUCCACUGUGGGCGCUUCGGCAAAUCAAAAAAAGCUGGAUGUCAGUAGAUGGUACUGGAAAGACCACAAGCAAAUGCAAACCAAUGUUUAAAGUGGAAACUCCAAUGGUGGCGUUCCUCAGACUGGGUUCUUUGUCGUCGUCCAAGUCACAGUUGAUGAACAACCUGAUCAAUAAACGACAUGAUACGUUCUUUCACAGGAACUGCCUCCGGAGCAGUAAAACCCGGCUUCUGAUGGAUGGAGUUGUUGAAAUCGCCUGGUAUUGCCCUUCUGGAAGAUCUGACUGGCUCAACGACUGCACUGCCUUCUGCAAUCUUCAUGGAGAUGCUGGAAACCACAGCGUCCAACGUGAAAUGCUGACAAAAAUGGCCACAGUAAACGUUGUACUUCUAUCCACCCUGGAGGAGGAUGACAGUAAUAACAAAAUAAUUGAGAACCUUUUAACAUCCUCGAAGCCUCUCAUUUUUCUUCUCUCUGACAGUGACUCAGAUGUGGUGGAACUGUGGGAAGGAAAGUACGAAGUGGGUUUGAAAGGCAGAAGUCAGUCUGAUGUGGCCGAGGAAUUAAAACGAAUUCUUCACAAAUGCUGCACACAUGAUUCACAGUCUGAAAUGUCCAUUUUUAAACUUGAGAACAUCACCAAGCUUACAGAUAUAGUCGUGGAUGAGAAGAAUGAAGAAUGUCAGAAAGCGAAGGAUAAAGCAAACCAGACACUGAGUCUCCUGAACCAAGAAAAACUGACCACCAUCAAAGAGAAGCACUUGCCGUGUCAGGGAAAGCUGUGGCACGAUUGGUGUCAGAAGAACAAAAAUCUCUACCACUUAAUAGGACACCCGGAGGAACACAAAACCACCAUAAAGCAGCAAAUGACUCAGAUCCGUAGCCAGCAACAUGAACUCGCUUUUAGUCCUCUAAUAAAGAUGUUUUCUGAUCAUCUGAGGGUGCUAGAAGAAAAUGAAAGACAGUACUUCCUAAAGUUGCUUGGAAUCGUAAUGGACAGCUUGACGUCGGAUCAAGUGUCUGCACUUCUUCAUGCAUAUGAUGAACAGUGGUCCAUGGUCUCCAAGCAGAAACAAGAUAAAUCACCAGUGCUUGAUGAAGACCAAGCUAAACUGGAGGAAAUCUCCAAAGACCUGAAUGCUGUAACCUUUGGUGUGGAACAUCUGCUUAGAGAAAUGGGUCAGAUUUAUGAAUCAUUUAAAUCCACACAAAGCACUAAAGGAACGGCCGAACACGACGAGGCAUUUUGCUCCCUCCCUCGGAUAGCUGCAGAGAUCAUGCUGUCCGGAUACCCGCUGGAGCUGAUGGAUGGUGAUGCCGGCCAUGUUCCUCUAAUCUGGGUUCCAGCAGUUAUAGACGAACUCAUAAAGAAAGUGGGAGACCAGAGAGUCUUCGUGUUGUCAGUUCUGGGACUCCAGAGCUCUGGGAAGUCCACCAUGCUGAACGCCAUGUUCGGUCUCCAGUUUGCAGUCAGUGCUGGAAGGUGCACCCGAGGAGCCUUCAUGCAGCUGGUCAGAGUAUCGAAAGAGAUGUAUGGAGGGCAGCAGUUUGACUACAUUCUAGUCGUUGACACAGAAGGUCUCCGAGCUUUAGAGCUGGCUGGAAAGACGACCCUACGUCACGAUAACGAACUCGCUACAUUCGUUGUAGGACUUGGAAACCUAACACUCAUCAACAUCUUCGGUGAGAACCCUGCUGAGAUGCAGGACAUCCUUCAGAUUGUUGUCCAGGCCUUUCUACAGAUGAAGAAGGUCAGACUGAAUCCCAGCUGCAUGUUCGUGCAUCAGAAUGUCGGAGACAUCAGUGCAGGAGAGAAAACCAUGGAAGGGAGAAGACGCUUGCAGGAGAAACUAGACGAGAUGACCAGGCUCGCUGCUAAAGAAGAAGAAUGCGAUGCCGAGUGCUUUAGGGACAUCAUUGCAUUUGAUGUGAAGAAGGAUGUCGGGUACUUUGCACAGCUCUGGGAGGGGAAUCUACCCAUGGCACCACCAAACCCCAAAUACAGCGAUAACGUUCAUGACCUGAGAGGAAUUGUUCUCUCUAAAGUUUCCAAAAAACGUCUAAUGAAUCUCUCUCAAUUCAAAUCCCAUUUCACAAAUUUAUGGACGGCACUUCUGAACGAGAACUUUGUGUUCAGCUUUAAGAACACGUUGGAGAUCACGGCGUACAGAAGACUAGAGAACGAAUACUGUACAUGGACCUGGAGCUUGAGGAGCGCCAUGUUAGCAACUGAGAACAAACUGUACAACAGAGUCAGCAAUGACACAUCUUCUAAAGUAGAUAUAAAGGACAUUACGGAUGCCAUGGAAGACACCAAGCUUAAAGUGGAUAAAUCAGUCCAGACCUUCUUCGAUGAGGACCAAGACAAGGAAAUUUUGAUCCAAUGGAGAAAAAGGUUUGAGGUAAAAAUUGAGAAUAUUUACAAUGACCUUGUGGAAGGAACCAAAAGAAAAUCGGAUGAGGUUGUUCGUCUGAAAGCUGCGAGAGAAAAAGUCGACCGUGAGAAGACAAGGAGAAGAAAUGAGCUGUACAACCGAAGCAAGAUCCUCGCUUUAAGUUUAAAAGGUAAAGAAAUCAGCGAAGACGCACUGAAGGAGAACUUUGAAGGUAUCUGGUCUAAGUGUGUCAAUGACCUGAAGCAAGAUUCAUCCUCAGAUGCAUUGAUAUCAGACAUCAAUAUCUGGGGUGAUGUGACAAAGAUCUUGAUGGAAGGUUAUGAGCUCAAUCUAAUUUCUGAACGACAGAACCAAGCUGCUUAUGAACAACUUGAUACGUUAGGAAAUUAUUCAGAGUACAUCAUCUCUAACAAGAGAGAAGAGCCGGGUCAGAGAGAUCUACGCUCCACAGAGGAUGAUGAUGAUAGCCAUGGUGCACUGGUUGAAGGUGGCGUGUGCAGUCCAUCUGAAGAAAAGAGCAGGUCUAGUGGAUUAACCUCAGAGGAUAACAAGUCAUUAAGAAACCUUAUUGACUGUAUUAUCAAAGAUGCUGAGGAGUUAAUAAGGAGCAAACCAAUCGCAGAACAUGGAUACAGUCAGAACUACAUUCCAGAGAUUAUAACCUUAAUCAAAGAUAAAGUCAAAGUGCACCAAUCCCAGACCUCCACAUAUUCACUCAAGAAGGAAUUCACAUUAGAUCUUUGUCUCCAUGUGUGUACAUUCGCUGCUGAACGAUUCGGUGAACUAAAUGAACAAUUCAAGGAGGCCAAUGACAUCAGGAUGUACCUGGAGAAACAGAAGUCCCAGCACUUCAACAUCUUUAAGGACUUGUGUGCUGGUGCCACCUUGACUACAGUGUUCGGUAAACUUAUGGUGGAUAAGCUUGAAUCUUCUAUCCUACAGGCUGCUUAUGAUAAAACCGCCCUCGAUGUGACGGAGAAAAUGAAACGUGACGUUCCAGCGUUUUGUGGUAACAGAUCGAAUCUGGAGAAGCACAUUCUGACAUCACUAGCACUGGAGGAAAACUUUGAGGACUACACAGCUUACCUUCACAAACCCAAGGAAUACGUUGCUACUUUCAUUACAAAGGAAGUCGACAAGUAUCUUUUAGAGGGAAGAACUGCAGACGUUCUGGAAACUCUCAAGAGUAACAUCAGGUCCACAACAAAGUUUGUCAUAGACUCUGUCAAAAAAGUCACUAAAGAAGCCAAUAACCGUAAUGGAGACGUCAACACGUGGCUGCAGCUUUUAUCCACAGAGCUAAAGGAUGAACUUCAGUUUAAAGAAGAAUCAUAUCCUGAACAGAAAGAAAUCACAGACCUUCAUUUUCUUCAGGAUGUCGUGAAUGAACAUCUGGCUGAUGUUGAGUCAAAGUUAUGCGACAACUUUCAACGAGGCUCCGACCUCAGACUGGAAAUGUUCAGAAAGAAACCGAACGAGACCAUGAUUGAGCACCUUUGUCAGUGCUGCUGGGCACAGUGUCCAUUCUGCAGUGCCAUCUGCACCAACACAUUAGAAGGUCAUACUGGAGAUCAUGAUGUCCGUUUCCAUCGUAACUGUGGAAUCAAUGGGUGGUCGUUUAUGUUUUAUAAUAAUCUGGGACUAGAAUUCUGCACGACCGCUGUUUCAAGUGACAGUUUACAUUUUCGUACAAAAGAUAAAGUAUUAAAGUUUAAAGAUUACAGAAAAGCAGGUGGAGAAUAUGCCAAGUGGAACAUUUGCCGUGAUGACUCGGAGAUGCCGUACUGGAAGUGGUUCGUUUGUAGGUUUCAGGAGAACCUGGAAAAGCAUUACAAGAAAAAAUUCACUGGGAUUCCUCAAGAAUGGAAGAACUGCACCAGAGAUAGAGCUAUCGAGAGCUUAAGUGAGCUGUGA